GUGGGUACAAACAAUGGAUACAGAUAGAUAAUGCAACAAAGCAAUUGCUUGAAUAUGAGUGGACUUUUUAAAUGUAACAAGUUAUAACAAAGCCAAAAAAAAAAAAUCAAAAGACUUAUUACCAUGAAGAGGGCCAAACGCUGGCUGUUCACAACAACGGCAACAGUGCUGUUAUUGGGCUUACUGGCAUCCACGGAUGCAGCGCUGCCCUUUAAAAAGGUCUCCAUUGCCAAAACACCUGCCUCCACAGCCGCAACCAGCACAACAUCCACAACAACAUCCAUUCCGGAUGAUGACCCUGAAAAUGAGGAACUGCCACAAGUAUCAACAAGUGAGGGUGAGGAAAACAAGUCCGACAAUGCAACGCUAACAAAAAACUCUAAAUUGACGGGCAUACCUCAAAUUGAUUAUGUCUGGGAUCCAAAUUUGCCACGAGAACUGCACGGCUACAAUCUGUCAAGCUAUCCAUUUUUGUCCACUGUACCACCCAUGGAUGAAAUUCACUUCAAAUGCGAGGGACUGCACGAUGGUUUUUAUGCCUCUAUUGAGUAUAAAUGUCAGAUCUAUCAUCAUUGCGUUUAUGGAAUUCGUCACGAUUUUCUGUGUGCCAAUUUCACGGCCUUUGAUCAGCGCACCUUCAUUUGUCACUUUGCCUCCGAUGUGGACUGCGAGGGAUCUCAAAAGUAUUGGAACAGAAACGAUGAGCUGUACAUGGCAACGACGACGUCGUCGACGAGCACAACAACAACAACAACGGAGGCGCCUCCAUUGCAGCCAAGACGUCGCCCUCAGCGUCCCUAUCAUCGACCCUACAGCCGUCGGCCGGUGGACGACUACUACGACGACGAUGACUAUGAGGAUGACUUCUACGAGAAUCGGGGAUAUCGUCACAAGCCCAAGGCACGACCUCGUCCACGCAAACCACAGCCGCCGCUGGAAUAUGACGAUGAAUAUGAGGACAAGGAUCCACGGGUCGAGGUGAAACCGACGGGGAGGAACCGCAAUCAAUACAGGGAUGAGGAUGAUCUCAGUGAGGAUUACUACGAGGAACCCAAUCGACCCAAUCGUCCAGGUGGGCGUCGGGGUAAGCCCACCUCAUCAGGGGGCGGGGGCAGGGGUAAGGCAUCGGUUCGGAAACCAGGACGUGGCGUGGACGAGCGACGCAGCUUCAAUGAGGAUCGGGAACGGGAUCGGGACAUUGAUCGUGAGGAACCGAGACGUUCCAACGGCAACGGCCGAAGACGAAAUAAUGAGAAACGCACCACACCCUCAACGGAGGAUGUGCUGGACGAGCUGGACGAGUAUGAGAAGCCCUACGGACUGCAUCAGGUGGAGGAAGCCGAGGAGCAAACACCACUGAAGGUGAAGACAACGCCCAAGCCACUAACCGAGUUUAUUACUCCUAAGGCGGCACCUGCCUCCGUCUACUCCCGUCCCCGCGCUCCUCCACGGAUUGCCAGACCUGUGCCCAUCAAUGAGAAGAAAAAGUAUUCCUAUCCUGUGCAGAAAAACACGGCCACUAAACUGGUAGAUGAGGAUUACUAUCAAGAGGCAGUGGAGGAGCAGGAGCAGGAGGAUGACUACGAGCAACCAGUUCGGAGUACAUCACGCAGACGCACUGCAUCUCCCCGGGAGCAGAAGCCUACCCGUUCCUCGCUGCGCAAGCCCGUGACGGACAAGAAGCCCCUGCUCGAGGAUCAGGAUUACUAUGCACCCGAUACACGUCGCAAGCGUCCAGGAGGAGCAGGAAGUCGGACACGUGCGCCGCCAGUAGCGGAGCCGGAUAUCGUGGAUGAUGUGGACUACGAAGAAAAGACAACGCCAGCGAGGACACAACGCGUCCGUCCUGCACCACGUAAGCCUGUCCAGCGUCCACGACAGCCCAUCGAGCGAGUGCCGAGUGUGGAGCAGGAGGACGAGCCUGUCGAGGAGCUUGUGGAGGAGCAGCCGGUUGUGCCAGCUUCACGUGCUAGAGUCAAUGCGCUGCGACGUAAUCCAAAGCUGCCAAAGUCCAGUAGGCAACGAGCUCUGCCCACGUCCAGGACAACAGCUGCGCUCGCCUUGCAGAAGGAGCAGGAGACGGAGAGGGAAUCCACGGAGACGGAGUCGGAGACGGAUGAUGAGCCGGCAAUUGGGGAUGAGGUGACGCCGGCAAAGCCACAACGAACAGCUUCGGUACGUGUGGUGAAGCGACCGUUUCUACCAUCGCGCGGGGGAAGUCCCUAUCUGCCACGUGGCCUUCAGCCAGUGGGCGUGGCAGGGAGGCAACAGCAGCAACAGCAACUGAUCACAGAGAGCACACCCAUUGACAUGGGCUCUACCAUAUCCGGUGUGCGACUCUUGGAGCACGGUGCUCCACUGCUGCGUGGCAACGACAUGAAACGGGAGCGAGAUCGUGAGCUGUCAUCGCCAUCGACGUUGCCGCCACGCAGCGCGCUUCCCACAUCGGUGCCAACAGAGACAACGCCAGAGUCACAGCCAGCCAAGCUGAAUCUGGACGAGCUCUAUGAGAAUGAUUACGAUGUGACGCUGAAUGAUGCACUCGAUCCCACGCUUAAGCCGCUUACGUCACAACAACAUCCGCAUUCACAUCCGCAUCCACAUCAGCUUCCGCCUCAGCUUCAAAGUCGCCCGUAUGCCAGUGCGUAUGCCGCUCCAACUUCAGCUUCAGCUCCUGAUCCUGCAGAGAGCGUUGCCUACAAUCCAUUUGCGGCUCAUAAUCAGAAUUAUCAGCAGGCAUCCAUCAAUCAAAAUCAAAAUCAGAAUCAUCAAUCUUCCAUUGCAUCCGCUUUGCAUCCGUCACAGUCACUGUCCCAGUCACUGUCACAGUCACAGUCACCGUCGCAUCAUAGUAGUGAUUCCUAUUUCUCAUCGACAGAUAUACGCCGGCGAGCGAUUGUCCCGUCGCAAGUCACGCGUUCACAUCGACACGAAUACGCUGCCGGAUCCGGAACAGGAGGAGGCGGAGCAGUGAGGAGCAGCAUCCAAAUGGGAUCGCGACCGAGUCAGCAAUUUUAUGAAGAUUAUUCAUAUUAGUCGAUAGUGAAAAAAGCUGAAGAUGUAAAUAACUUUCAACAACUAGAAAGCGUCCCAGGUGCCUAGGCAACAUAAUUUCUCAACCAUUGUUUAUUUUAGACUCUUAAACGCAACCUACUUAUACUUCUAUAGUUAAAGUUUAUCGAGAUCUACUUUAAGUAACAAACACCUUAACAUAAACAAAACAAAAACACAAGCACAUUAUAUAAUACUCAAAUCUCGUGAUAGUGGCCGAGACAAAAGAAAUUUUAAUUUUGUCAGCUAAAUUUUACAAAAAUAUACACUUCCCGUUAUUGAAUGUGAACGAAGUUAGAUAAAUACACAAAUUUGUUAGAAAGAAAACAAAUUUAAAAUUCUUAAAAAUUAUACAACUUAUUUAAAUUGUAGAAUCCAUAAAUUGUGUACACAUAAUAUUUAAGUUAUGUUCUAGGCUCGACACGAGUGCUCCAACAAAAUAAAAAAUAUAUGAUAAAAACAAAAAUACAAAAAA